AUGCUGAAGGUUCAGCGAGCGUUGCGCGUUUUUGGAGAACCAGAUAUGGAUGCAGAAAAAGAGAUGGCGGAGUUACGCGAAGUCUUCUUCGCAGACCUUAACCAGGUUGCCAAACAACUUCUUGAUGCAGAGAUAGCAGCACAGAAAAAGUUUACAGAAAGUUCACUUAUAGAUGAUGGAGACGAAGAAGGCUUCUGCACCGAUGAAGAUGAGGAGGAAGAGCCUAAAUAUGAAACGAAGGAGAUAGAUUUUGACUUCAAUGACUAUGUUGGGAAAUAUGCCAAGACUGAGGUUUUGCGGUGGUAUGUUUUUCUUUUGAAUGACUUUGCAACAAACUCAGCUGAACUGAACAAGGCUUUGGUAAAGCUACUCCACCGCGUUGCUUUCGAUUUGAAAAUGCCUAGCAGACUGUUUCAAAUCGAAUUGCAGUUGUCCUUAUUUCGUAUUCUUGCUCAAGUGCGAACACAUUUUGAUGGAGUAGCAAAAGAGGACAUGAAGAAGAGUAGAUUUUUUGAACUUUACACUUUUGGCUACCAUUUACUGAGGAAAUUCUUCGCCUGCUUUCAAAAGCUUGGAGACAAGAUGUGUCCUGAAAUCCUCUUCUGGAAAGGUGCCAGAGAGUGUUACGAGAUUGAACAUGGUUACGGCACCUAUGAUGAGGUUAAGAAAAAUAAGAAGGAUGAUGGAGCCUGGACAUGGAAUGAGGAUUUGGAGGAAGAACUACGCUCACUUUACAACGAGUACCGAGACAUGGAUGAGAGGCCGGAAGGUCUGCAUAAUUCUUUUUAA